GUUACAUAUCCUAUUUUUCAGUAAUAUUUAUGAUUAGCCAUAUUCAUAGAAAUAUCCUGAAAGAUGGAAUUAUUGUGAAAAAGUGAAGAUACUUACAUUUGGGGCCACAAAUAAGCAUUUGGAUCACUUUUUUAUUAAUCUAAGAUAUUAACAUGCAACCAGAGUAGUUAUGGUCAGUCAUGGAGAAUAACCUGGAAACUUGUCCCAAAGGGGAUAGUGAUUUUAUUUCUGAUAAAAUACAUUUUAAAGUAGAAGAGGAAGAUGAUGAUGAUCAAAUUCCCACUCACAGUUUGGAAAGAAUGGACUUUAAAAGUGAGCAAGAGGACAUGAAACAAACAGACAGUGGUGACGAACAAACAGGAGUCAGAGAAACCAGCUAUAGUUGUAAACCCCCUGGGAAAUAUUUAUCAACGGAGAAUGAGGAGGAUUAUGGGUCUUUGUUCUCUCAGUACAGUAGUACACUGUAUGAUGUAGCAAUGGAAGCUGUGACUCAGAGCCUUCUUUCCAGCCGAAACAUAAGCUCCAGGAAGAAAUCUCCAGCUUGGAAGCAUUUUUUUAUCUCUCCUCGAGAUAGUACUAAAGCAAUAUGUAUGUACUGUAUGAAAGAAUUUAGUAGAGGUAAAAAUGAAAAAGACUUAAGUACAAGUUGUCUCAUGAGACAUGUAAGGCGAGCACACCCUACUGUGCUCAUUCAAGAAAAUGGAAGUAUGUCUGCUGUGUCCUCAUUUCCUUCUCCUUCACUCCUACUUCCGCCACAGCCUGCAGAUGUGGGAGACCUCAGCACUAUACUCUCACCCAUCAAACUUGUCCAAAAAAUGACAUCUAAGAUCCCUUCCCCUGAUAGAAUAACAGAAGAAUCUGUGUCUAUAGUCUCUUCUGAAGAAAUCUCCUCCGAUAUGUCUGAGAAGUACAACAGAGAAGAAGCCCUGGUGGGAUCAUCUCCCCACCUCCCUACUCUCCAUUAUGAUGAAACUACAGAAAGCGUAGUGGAGAAAAACCUUCCACUUCCAAAGAGUACAUCUGGGUCCAGAAGACGAUCCGCUGUCUGGAAGCACUUCUACCUGUCGCCUCUAGAUAACUCCAAAGCUGUCUGCAUUCAUUGCAUGAAUGAGUUUAGCAGAGGAAAGAACGGGAAGGAUCUGGGCACAAGCUGUCUCAUCAGGCACAUGUGGAGAGCACAUCGCUCCAUAGUGCUGCAGGAGAAUGGGGGAGGCACAGGCAUCCCACCCCUUUACUCUGCUCCUCCUACCCUGCUGCCUUCCUUACUGCCUCCAGAGGGGGAUCUAAACUCUGUGUCAUCAUCUCCAGGAAAACUGGUCAAAGAGUCCCCUUCAGCUUCCUCCUCCCCUGAAAGGCUGGCUGAGGACUUACAGUCGCAUUUGAACCCUGGAGAUGCACUGAUGGAAGACCUGUCAGUGUUGUCCUCCUCUGAUGAUGUUGGGGAGGCCUCAGUGUCCUCUCCUGAGAAGCAGCAGACUGAUGGGUUGAGUCCUAGAAUGUUUGAAUCUGGCGCUGUCUUCCAGCAGAAUAAAAAGGUCAUGAAGAGGCUGAAGUCAGAAGUUUGGCAUCAUUUUUCACUGGCUCCCAUGGACAGCCUUAAGGCAGUGUGCCGGUACUGCAAUUGUGUCAUCAGUCGGGGCAAGAAGGGUGACGUGGGCACCAGCUGUCUGAUGAGACACCUGUAUAGACGCCAUCCGGAAGUUGUCGGAAGCCAGAAGGGCUUUCUAGGUGCAAGUUUGGCAAAUUCUCCAUAUGCCACUUUGGCUUCUUCAGAAAGUUCCUCCUCUAGAUUAACUGACUUGCCAACAAUGGUCACAAAAAACAAUCAAGUUAUGUUUCCUGUUACUAGCAAAAAGACCUCAAAGCUGUGGAAUCAUUUUUCUAUUUGCUCUGCAGACUCCACUAAAGUUGUGUGCUUGCACUGUGGCCGGACCAUCAGCCGGGGGAAGAAACCAACUAACUUGGGCACCAGUUGUCUUCUAAGACACUUACAGAGAUUCCAUAGCAAUGUGCUGAAAACUGACGUCUCAGAGACAGCGCGGUCCUCUUCUCCGGACAUCCGUGUGCCACUGAGCACAGAAUUAUCAGGAGCUUCCUCCUUUGAUGACACCAAUGAGAAGUUUUAUGAUUCUCACCCAGUUGCCAAAAAAAUCACAAGUCUCAUAGCUGAAAUGAUUGCACUUGACCUUCAGCCAUAUUCUUUUGUAGACAAUGUUGGCUUUAACAGGCUGCUUGAAUACUUGAAACCUCAGUACUCCUUACCCUCCCCUUCUUACUUCUCCAGGACAGCUAUCCCAGGUAUGUAUGAUAAUGUGAAACAGAUAAUUAUGUCACAUCUUAAGGAAGCUGAGAGUGGUGUGAUCCACUUCACGUCUGGAAUAUGGAUGAGUAACCAGACUCGUGAGUACUUGACCCUUACAGCUCACUGGGUCUCUUUCGAGUCAUCGGCCCGACCACGUUGUGAGGACCACCAUUGUUCAGCACUUUUAGACGUGUCACAGGUUGAUUGUGACUACAGUGGCAGUAGCGUUCAGAAGCAGCUGGAAUCUUGGUGGGAAGCCUGGGUGACCUCCAUUGGCCUUCAGGUUGGUAUCACAGUUACUGACAAUCCUAGCAUAGGAAAGACACUGAAUGAGGGGGAACAUUCGAGUGUGCAGUGCUUCAGCCACACAGUAAACCUGAUUGUCAGUGAGGCCAUUAAGAGCCAGAGGAUGGUGCAGAACUUACUAAGCAUUGCACGGAAGAUAUGUGAACGGGUACAUCGGUCCCCCAAAGCAAGAGAGAAACUAGCAGAGCUGCAGAAGGAGUAUGAAUUGCCACAGCACCAUCUUAUUCAAGAUGUUCCAUCCAAAUGGAACACAUCAUUUCAUAUGCUUGAACGACUCAUUGAACAAAAAAGGGCAAUUAAUGAGAUGUCAGUUGAGUGUAAUUUCAGAGAACUGAUCAGUUGUGACCAGUGGGAGGUCAUGCAGUCUGUGUGUCACGCGUUGAAGCCCUUUGAUGCUGCGAGUCAGGAGAUGAGCACCCAUGUGUCUACUUUAAGCCAAGUCAUCCCCAUGAUCCACAUCCUCACUAGGAAAAUCGAGAUGCUGUUUGAGGAGACAAUGGGCAUCGACACCAUGCUGAAGUCUUUGAAGGAAGCCAUGGUGAGCCGGCUGUCCGCCACUCUCCAUGACCCGAGGUACGUCUUUGCUACGCUGUUGGACCCUCGUUACAAAGCCUCCCUGUUUACAGAGGAGGAGGCAGAACAGUACAAGCAAGAUUUAAUCAGGGAACUAGAAAUACUGAAUUCUACCUCAGAUGACACGGCUGCCUCCAAUGGGUGUGAUACGGGUUCCCCAUCAAAAGACUCUGCUGCAGAGGAGAACCUGUGGUCGCUCAUGGCCAAGAUGAAAAAGAAAGAUCCGAGAGAAAAGUUACCUGAAGACAUGGUGCUUGCAUAUUUGGAGGAGGAAGUGCUUGAACACAGCUGUGACCCGCUCACCUACUGGAACCUGAAGAAAUCAUCCUGGCCAGGGCUGUCAGCUUUGGCUGUCAGAUUUUUGGGAUGUCCCCCAAGUAUCGUUCCUUCAGAAAAGCUGUUCAACACACCUACUGAGAAUGGUAGCUUUGGCCAAUCCAGGCUUAUGAUGGAACAUUUUGAAAAACUUAUCUUUUUGAAAGUGAACCUUCCCUUAAUAUACUUUCAGUAUUGAAACUCAUGAUGGAGCCACUAGACUAGAGAUGUUGCUUCUUAGACAUUAGCAGUUUGUACCAGGGGCUGUGAUUCGCUCUGCCCGGGGCCAUGUAUGACAUCAGACCAGGCACUCUCAGGGCCACUUUCCAGCUCUCACUAUAAUGUCUACAUGUGCCUUACUCCUACUCCUUCAGGCCAGGUAUCACGGUGUGUUUUUUAAGAAGUCCACUAGAAAUAGCUUGUCUUGUCCAUUAUGAAAUAUGAAGACUAGGUUUUAAUUCUUAACUGUAAAGUUUUUAAAAAGUUUUGGGUUAGUAAUUUGUUCUACUCGAAUGGCAGAGAAGAUGUAAACAUUUUUAUUCUGUAGGCUUUUUACUCAAUUAUGUAAAAACCACAAAUCAGGUACUGUAUUUUAGUUAAACAUUGCUUUAAUUGCAACAAAAUAGCUUUUGUGGCUGUCAAAUGAAAUCUGUAAAUAGGAGGUGGAGGUCAAGCCAUCCUGACUGAACAGUUUUUAACUGCAGGCUCUAAAGUAUGACAAGGAGUACAGAGAAUAUUCUGGAAGGUAACUGUUUACUACAACAGAGACAUGGCAUUUGAAAACAAAACUAAACUUACGUGUAUCAUGGAAUGUCAGUUAUGAGAACUUUCCCAUUUCAGGUUUUUGUAUUCAGGCUUUUCAUGGUCAGUUAACUCAGAGAUAUCCCAACUAUUUAUCAUCAGCUCCUUUGAAAUUUGAUCCAAGUUUAUAAAUUUAUGCUCAUUAUUUAGUCAGUGCAUAGUAUGACACGUUUACAACAGAUGGUCUGUUGAUUAAAUCUUCACACCUCUGAUUUAGCAUCUCUACACUCUGAAGCUAUCUUUUAAAAUGUGUGCACUGACCCCCUUGUUUUAUCAAAUUAUGUGUAAAAAAUUUUUUUUAGAAGAGACGGCUUAUUAACAGGGAAGAAGCUGGUUAUAUUACAAUUAUAAGAAUAGCCUUAGGUGUUUAGAUUUUUUUUAUGAUAGGAAAGAUUCAGCCAUUGCUGGGAUAUUUAGAAUCCCAAGGACAUCAGAAUGAAGUAUCAGUUGUCAGAUUUUUUUUUUAACAGUUACAUCUUCAGAGUUUUUGCUUUAACAUCUAAAGAAAGAUUCACUGUCUCUUUUUAAACUAAUUAAAUAUUCUGGGUGAGAUGAAUCACUCAUUUGCCUAUGACCUUUUAGAAAGUUGUUGUUUUGUUAAAAUACUGUACCUAUGCUUAAUCUAAAUUUGCAUUGACUAUGUUUUAGUGUAUUUAUAAAUGGUGAACUCAGUUUCUGAAAUUAAA